AUGGAUCCUGGCAUGGCGACUGGCGGCGGCGGCAGCAUCCCGGACGUCCACAGCAACACCGACAGCAGCAACAAGACGCUGCUCAAGAGCCAAGCCCUGUACAAGUACGUCCUGGACACGUCGGUGCUGCCGCACGAGGCCGACUGCAUGCGGGAGCUGCGCCUCGUCACCGACAAGCACGAGUGGGGGUUCAUGCAGUCCUCCCCCGACGAGGCCCAGCUGCUCCGUAUGCUGCUCAAGCUCACCGGCGCACGCAACACGCUCGAGGUCGGCGUGUUCACGGGCUACUCCCUGCUCGCCACGGCGCUGGCGCUCCCCGACGACGGGAAGGUGAUCGCGUUCGACGUGAGCCGGGAGUACUACGACAUCGGGCGCCCCUUCAUCGAGAAGGCCGGCGUCGCCCACAAGGUGGACUUCCGGGAGGGCCCGGCGCUGGACGGCCUGGACGCGCUGCUCGCCGACGAGGCCAACGUCGGGGCGUUCGACUUCGCGUUCGUCGAUGCCGACAAGCCGAACUACGUCAAGUACCACGAGCAGCUGCUCCGCCUGGUGCGGGUGGGCGGGAGCAUCGUGUAUGAUAACACGCUGUGGGCGGGGACGGUGGCGUUGCCGCCGGAGACGCCGAUGAAUGACCUGGAUCGGAGGUUCUCGGCGGCGAUUCGGGACCUGAAUGUCAGGCUGUCUAAGGAUGAGCGCGUCGAGGUCUGCCAGCUCGCCAUCGCCGACGGCAUCACCAUCUGCCGCCGCCUCGUCUGA